CACGUCCCUCGUGAGCAGUACUGCUCUGGAUUGUGCCGCUGAGGCAUAAGAACAGAUGCAACAGCAGUGGACAAGAUACCGUAGGUCCUAGAUCAGCCCGCUUGUUUUCCUUGCAAAAGCAGGGGAUUCCAAGCGACUCAGGUGUGCUGCAGGGAGCCAUUUCCCGUGGUUAAGAUGCACAGCAUGGCUUCAUCUCGGAGCGCCCAAUCCUCGGCAAUGCUUACACAAGAACUGCGUCAGGCCGUUUACCAGUCUGGUGGGGACCCGCUUCCGCGAUGGGACGUGUUCAACACAAUAGCAAGAAGAGCACCUGUUUGUGCUGCAUGCAGGCGCAGGGACUCAUUUGCGGUCUUGGCUACACAGAAGAGACACCAGAAUCUUGCUUCUUGUUCCCCUCUUCCAAAGGGCCCAGAUCCACGUUUUCCCUCAGUCAGAGCUUCCACCAGCAAUGCGGAGGCAAUAACGCCUGCUAGCAAACCUGUUUUGAGGAGAGCCAGGUUGCGGCCACCAAAGAGCACAGCUGUCGACCGGGGGGCAACCACAGGUGCACCUGGGUCUGUCGAAAUUAGGGUUUCCAGGGGGGUCGAAGACGGGACUGGAUAUGAUAGCGAUGUGGAGGUGGGGGAUGCGCAGCUGCCGGCCGAGCAGCCGUGGGGGGGGGUGCAUCCAGCCGUCCAGUUUGUGGCGGAGUUUCUGAGGGUGGAGCUGCCAAAAUUCUUUGCGGAGGAGGGGCUCUCGACUGCGGUCUAUGCAAAGGACGUGCAUUUCAGAGACCCCUUGAUCAGCAUCCGGGGAGUCCGCCUCUUUGAGCUAAACGUCUUCUUCCUGCGCCUAUUGUUUGCUGGGGGCCAGUUUAUCCUCCACGAUAUCGCUGCGGCAGGCAGAGAUGAGGUGGUGGCGCGGUGGACGUUUGCGCUACCAGCGAGGUUUCUGCCUUGGCGGCCAGUGGUGUUCUUCACAGGCGUGUCAAAGUUCGGAGUCGAUCUUCAGCAAGCGAAGCUGACGAGCCACUACGACUACUGGGAUAACCUGGGAGGCAAGCAAAACGAGCCCCCGUCUUUCGCCGCCAUCGCAAGCAUCGCCUCUCAGAUCCAACCGCUGACCGCCUUCAACCGACCGCUGGACCGGCCUUAUUUGUUGCUGAGACGGGCCCGGGAUUACGACGUUAGGCAGUACGAGAUAGCGGACAACUCGGAGUGUGCCCGGACAAUCGCUGUCCGUAGGGGCAACGCGGACCUGAUACGGGCGCUCGAGGACGAUAGGAUACGGGUUGAACGGACAGAAUGCUCUGUCCGAAUGGUGCGGACAAGCUGGCCGCAUAAGGAAUUGCGAGAGGUCUACGUUCCCGUGGCUUACGUUCCAGUCGUCGAGGAAAUUGACAAAGGUGCGAACACGUGAACGUCCUGACAUGGCAGCUCAGAUACGUUGAUUUAAACGUGGUACAUAGGUAGUUAGGAAAGACUGUAGUACGGUAAGCGAGAAUUGAUGCAGCUUAAGUGUUGAGCCCAAGAUUUGAGGCGUUUGUUUCAAUCUGUAGAAAGUCGCCGCUCGACCGGUUUGGGUUCCUUCGAUCCAUUGAAAAGGUGAUGCUUGGAAGUGAACAGAGUAGGCGCGGUUAGCGACGACAGUUUGCAGGGUGUUCGAGAGUGAGCGUCCAGAGGUAUAGCUGUUUGACGGACUAGUGUGGAUUGCGUCCUUAGUAGAAGGUUUUAGAAGGACAGCUUCAUGUUGACGAAAUUGUGUUGUUGAUUGCGUUAGGGACUAUCUUAGACAAUAAUUGAUUAGUAUAAUCCGGUGGAUGGGGUAUAGUACAUCUUAUUGCAACAGCCUGUGGCGCAUGAGAUUGUGGUUAAUUGGCACGCCGAAAGUUGCGUGGUACCGGCA